AUGUACAACGCUGUAGUCGCUCGUUACUCCUCCCCUGCCACUGCUGCUCUCGGCCGCCUUAUACUGCCCGAGGUUUCCGCAUUUGCCACAGUCGAUGACCUCAUCACCCACCUUCGCACUAGCGACACUCGCUACCGCGCCGCGCUUAAAGCCGAGUUCCUAGACAAGAACCCGCCCCCGAUGUACAUCACUCUCUACUUCAUCGUCACCCGCCUCCCUGACUCUCUUCGCGCAGUCAGGGACCACUUUCUCGCCCUUGACCCUAUAGACCUCACUGUCGACGAAUUCGAGAAGCACCUCCUUGCAGUUGAGACUAGCAUAGUCGCUGUAGGUGCUGCUCGUGGCACUCCUCGCACUCCCUUCUUUGAGGGGUGUUCCCCCUCCCCCCUUGCCCCCUCCUACGCUUCUGCUGCUGCUGUUGACUUCCUUGGUGCUGAGAAGGUCGGGGCUGCGUCUGCUCCUAGUGGGAGGCGCCGCAGCGGCAAGGGCAAGGGAGGCAAGAGUGGUGGAGAUGGGGAUGGGGGAGGCGGUGGUGGAGGUGGUGGAGGCGGUGGAGGUGGCAGUGGUGGCGGUGGGAGUGGUGGCGGGACUGGGGGCGUUGGCGGCGGCGGUGGUGGCAGCGGUGGGAGUGGUGGCAGCGGUGGUGGCACCAGUGGGUGUGGUGGCGGCAGUGGGAGUGGUCGCGGCGGCAGUGGUGGCGGUCGGGGUGGAGCCGUUCAGAGGGGAGGUGGUGAGUUCUCCUCCGACCUCUUGCGAGACUUUUGUUGUGGGGAGGGCAUCCUCCAAUCGUUCACGCUUCCGGCCUCCCCGCAGCAGAAUGGGGUUGCUGAGCACCGCAUUGGCCUAGUCAUGGAGGUGGCUCGUACCUCCAUGAUCCAUGCAGCUGCUCCCCAUUUUCUGUGGCCGUUUGCGGUCCGGUACGCUGCGCAUCAGCUCAACCUCUGGCCCCGCGUCUCCUUACCGGAGACCUUGCCUACACUGCGUUGGACGGGGGAGGUUGGCGAUGCGUCGGUGUUCCGGGUCUGGGGCGCUCGUGCCUUUGUCCACAAUACCUCCGCGGACAAGCUCUCCUCCCGCGCCAUUCCCUGUGUCUUCCUUGGCUUCCCCCCUGACGCGCCUGGCUGGCAGUUUUACCACCCCACCUCACGCCGUGUCUUGACUGUCCUCUCGAGACAUCACGGUCCUGCUCCUUCAGGUGUGUCUCAGGUAGACCCACUCCCCUUGGUUGAGCCUGUCGAGGUCACUGGUGACUCAGGUGCUGCUAGGAGUGGUGCUGCUCGGGGUGCUGCGUCUGGGGGUGCUGAGCCUGCGGGUGCGGAGCCUGGGGGUGCUGAGCCUGCGGGUGCGGAGCCUGGGGGUGCUGAGCCUGCGGGUGCGGAGCCUGGGGGUGCUGAGCCUGAGCGUGCAGAGCCUGGGGGUGCUGAGCCUGAGCGUGCGGAGCCUGGGGGUGCUGAGCCUGCGGGUGCGGAGCCUGGGGGUGCUGAGUCUAGGGGUGUUGCGUUUGCUGGAGGUCCUAUGGGUGCCUUGUCUCGGCGGUCUCCCCGGCGGGAGCCUCUCUCAUUACAGCAACUGCACGAGCGGUAUUCACAGCGCACCCACCUUCGGAGUGGCGCUACUGGAGCUGAAGACCUUGCCUCUAGAGCCCCUGCUCCUGUAGACGCUGGAGCUGGAGAGGUGCUGGUGGUGCUGGCACUGCUGGUCCCGGAGGUGCUCGUACUGGAGGUACUGGAGCUGCCGGAGCUGGUGGUGAUGCGGACACUGGAGCUGGAGGAGCUGGAGGACCUAGGGCUGGUAACCCUGGAGCUGGAUCUGAUGGAGCUGGAGGCGCUAGAGCUGGAGACGCUGGGGCUGGAGGCGUUGGAGCUGGUGACACAGGAGCUGGAGGCGCUAGUGCUGGAGGCGCUGGAGCUUGAGGUUCUGGGGUUGCUGGAGGCGCUGGAGCUGCUGGUACUCGUACUGGAGGUGCUCGUACUGGAGGAGCUGGUGCUGGUGGUACUGCACAGCCGCGACUGUUCUUCGCUUUGCUGUCACCGUCGUCUCUGCCACCGCCUGCCUCAGUGCUUCACCAGUUACAGCCAGACUCCCCACUGCCUGCUCCUUCUCCUUACACUGAGCAGACAGACUCUCUUACAGAGCCUGAGCCUGAGCCUGAGCCUCGUCCUGCCUCGCCUGUUCGCACUGUUCGCACUGGUCGCCGUGUUCCUCGUCGGCGUCCUCCUUCUGUUCCCGGCACUCACACUAUGGUACUUCGUCCUUCCUCUGUUCCACAGCGUAUCCCCCUACUGUCUCCUCUUGCGUCCUCUCUUCCGCACGUUCCGGACCCUGAGUCUGACUUGCUUGUCGACUUUGCUGCUGCAUGUGUGUCGUCUCGACCACGCCGCUAGUCUUGUUGCUGAGUCUAAGUCUGUCUGUCCUCCGUCCAUCGGGGGUGAGUGUGCUCUUGGCACGGACGUCCUUGAAGACAGGCAGGAGGCCUUUGAGUGCCUUGCAGCUACUGUACCUCAUCUCGUGGCCAUGCUGCUUGCACCUGAGGGAGACCCGGAUGCUUUAGACAUCCCGACCCCGCGCUCUUACACAGAGGCAAAUACGGGUCCCUACUCCUCUCAGUGGCAGACAGCCAUGGACGCAGAAAUGGCAUCCUGGAAGUCCACAGGCACUUACAUCGACGUUGUUCCCCCUCCUUGGGCGAACAUAGUCGAUGACAUGUGGAUUUUCAGGGUGAAGCGGCCGCCGGGUUCUCCGCAUGUCUUCAAGGCUCGUUACGUUGCACGAGGCUUUAGUCAGUGA